AUGCCACAAGCCACAAUCACACACUCUGCGAGUAAUGAAAAUGACUAUAAGCUAACAAGGGCAAAGAUUCUAUCAGAGCAGCAGCUGGGUCUACAACUUGACAGAACAUCACAAGAGCCAAUCGAGACAUCCACUCAAGAACUAUACGAAGAAAACAGGCCACCUAUAUCCACUGCAAAGCAAAGUAAAUCUAGAUCAACUAUAACCACUGCAACUACAACAACACGUCAGUACUUAGGUGAUGUAUCUAAUCAAUACCACAGUAGUGGUGUCAAACCAGUACCACAAGCACAGCUGCAGUUGCAACUACUGAAGAAGAGGAAACCAUUUGCUAGAGACGUUCAGCCUUUACAAAACAAAGCCAAUAGAGUAAUACCAAUUGUGCCUGAUGGGAUCAAUACAACACAGAAACCACAACUGGCGAAUCUACUUGUACCAUCACGAUUACCUCAAAAAAGACAGGCUACUGAAUCAUCAACAAACUUGGUCGAAAAGUUGAAAAUACCAGAACCCCAGCCACAUCACGCAUCUGCAUCUUCAAACACUAUUGCAUCCACUUCAACCUAUAAGAAGUCACGUUUGAUUGAUUAUGAAUGGCAGGAUCUUGAUGAAGAAGACUACGAUGAUCCAUUGAUGGCCAGUGAGUACGUCAAUGACAUCUUUACUUAUUUUUAUGAAUUGGAACAACGAAUGUUGCCCGAUCCACAAUACCUUUACAAACAGAAAAAUCUAAAACCCAAAAUGAGAUCAAUAUUGGUUGAUUGGUUGGUUGAAAUGCAUUUAAAGUUUAAAUUACUUCCAGAGUCGUUAUUUCUUGCCAUAAAUAUAAUGGAUCGAUUUAUGUCAAUUGAGGCAGUUGAAAUUGACAAGUUGCAAUUAUUGGCCACUGGCUCAUUAUUCAUUGCAGCAAAAUAUGAAGAAGUUUUUUCUCCCCUGGUUAAAAAUUAUGCAUUCUUCACCGAUGGAUCAUAUCUGGUGGAAGAAAUUUUGCAAGCUGAAAAAUAUAUCUUGACAGUUUUAAACUUUGAUUUAAACUAUCCCAACCCAAUGAAUUUUCUUCGGAGAAUUUCCAAAGCAGAUGACUAUGACGUUCAAUCGAGAACAUUGGGAAAAUACCUAUUGGAGAUCACUAUUAUAGAUUACAAAUUUAUCGGAAUGAAACCAUCCUUGUGUUGUGCCCUGGCCAUGUAUUUGUCGCGUUUGAUAUUGGGCAAAAUCCCCGUGUGGAAUGGGAACUUGAUUCAUUACAGUGGUGGGUACCGUAUCAAUGACAUGAGAGAAUGUGUUGAGUUGAUGUUUCAAUACAUCAUCUCACCUAUUGAGCACGAUGAAUUCUUCAAAAAAUAUGCCAUGCGAAAAUUUAUGAGAGCAAGUACCUUGUGUCGCAAAUGGGCCGAAAAAUUUCAAAUGGAAGGUAGAGAUUUAUUUGAUGAAAGUUUAUCUACUCAUCGGUUAACGAUUGAAGUGGAUAACUAG